AUGCCCAAUGCCGAUUUCCGCCUGACUCCAUUACUGCCGCCCCAGCCGCUUUUGUUGCUCUUUGUACGCGCCUUGCUUCUUAUUUUUCCUGAUGCGCUAGUGGGAGCCACUGACGAGGGCGGCGGCCUUCCCCCCUCCUUGCCCGGGGACAAUGGCUAUAAUGACACAACCACGGGGAUAUUUCUCGAGAGCCCCGUUUUAACUGAAGAGACCCGGUUUGCCCUAAGGGUUCUGGUGAAAGACAUGGUGACACGUCGGUUUUUGCCGGGUGCCACAGUGGGGAUUUACAUGAACCACACCUUGAAUAGUUCCACCUGGACAGGGCAGAAAGGUGAGGCUCUUCUUUGGGUGCCUUACAGCCCAGGGCAAAGUAUGACUUUGGUGGCCACCCUGGAGGGUUAUAUUCCCAGCCCGCUGCCUUGGAGCACAACCAAGAGACCCAUCUUCUCUGCUGUGACAUUGCUGCUGCUUCCUCAGAGGCAAGGAAAUAUUUGGCUAUUUGAAGAUUCUUUACUCAUCACAGCCAAAUUGCCUGGCAGUGCCUCUCAACCAAAGAUAAAGAUUCCCAUGAACCUGCUCACACUACCCGACAACAGUAAUGUGUCAUUAUUGACAGCUUACCUGACUGUGCCGCCGUUAGCGAAGGACUGUGUCAACUGCACGCCAGGCAUCAUUGUCAACAUGUCAGUUUUUAGAACCGUUGGUUUGAAGCCGCUGGCGGCUGUCAGUGUCCAGCUCUAUGUGGGAGGGAAGGAGCUCCAGAUUCGUGGGCCCAUUCAGUUCAGCAUACCUCUUGGGAGAAGCAAUCACUUGCGCGUGUCUGACACCGUGCCAGCCUGGGCCUUCAACCUACAGACAGGCGGCUGGGAGAAUCAAGGUUUGGGAAUAGUGACAACAGUUGGUGAGGAGCUGGUUUGGACUUACACGGCUUCCCACCUGGGAUAUUGGAUCGCUGCCCCACUGCCUUCAUAUGAUCAUGGAAGCUCAUUGGAUUUCCUUUCCCAUCACACCCUCCUGCUGGUGGGAAUACUGGCAGGUACUCUGGUGGUAGUAAUUGGAUUUCUGUCUUUGCUGAUAUGUCAGUGCAGAUCCCACCGAGAGCCGAAGGGGAGGCGAGCCCGUUUUUCCAAACUCACAGUGGUAAAAAAAGACCAAACCACCUCCAUGCACAUGGAGGAGGGCCUGCUUUUCCACUCAGGUGAGAACAUUCUGGCUUCCUGUAAUGUCCAAUCUGAUCCUUUGUCCACCCCACGACACAAAGCCAACUACAACAUCUAUGUGGAAGACCCAUCCAGUCAAGCAACAGCUUCUCUAUAUGACAACAUGUCUACUGAUUGUAUCAAAGUUCCCCAAGUACACUCUCAUUACAUCAAUAAUGAGGAGGUAUCUCGAUUUAUGGAGCAGAUGGAUCUGAACCGCAGCAACAUGAACUCUGACAGCUUCUUUCCUGACAAGCUGGUUCAUAUCUAUAACCAUCCAGUUGCCAUCAUUCAAGCACCAGAUAUUUACAGCAAUCAAGAGCCACAAAAAGCUGGCUGCAAGUCUGCCACAUUUCCCCGCAAUGGAAAUGAGUUUGACUCUCACUCAGAUGUGCCAAGUAAAGACAACUACCCCCAGAAGUUUGGCAAAGUCCAAAACAGCCAACAGCAAAGCAAUCCAGAUGAACCGCAGCCUCUCGAGACACCUCCACCAAGCCAAGGCCCUCCUGCUGUAUGGGGUCGCUACAGUAAUCUACUAGAGUCCUCAGUCUCAGUGCCCGGUACCCUCAACGAGGCAGCCGGUAUGGAAGCCUUCAGUGGCUGUCACGGCAUUUCUGGCGAGCUGCAAGGCAUCUCAGAGCGCACUCUGUUGGAGCUGACCAGGGGCAAGUCUUCGUCAUCCCACCCCAGGGCCUGGUUUGUCUCUUUGGACGGCAAACCAGCGGCUCAAGUGCGCCACUCUAUCAUCGAGCUCCAAAGCCGCCACCGCCCUACAAGCAGCAACGACACCAGCCUAGACUCCGGAGUGGACAUGAACGAGCCUCAGCAGAAUAUCCGUGAGGUGCAGCGGGAGAGGAUGUCAAUCAGGGCUUCUUCGCUUCCGCAUCAAGGCAGAAGCGGAAGAUACGGUGACGAGCAAGAUCUGAGCAGCAGCGAGAGCGGCACCACUGCUACCGGCACUCCAGAAGACCACUCCCUCAGGAGCAUACUAGAUGGAAGCAGUGGGACUAUUCCCAACAUUCCCGAGGAGCAAGAUGGUAUGGAUACCUCCAGCAAUCAAGAAGAAAAUGAGCUAAGAGGCACACCCCCACCACGCCGCCUGAAGAAAGCAAAGGUGAAAUCAGAGAAAAGAAACACUAAACACGUUCGAGAAGGGCGACCUCUGACGAAGCGACGAUAG